AUGGAGGAGAUCGGCCACCACUUCGGGCUGGGAGCCACCGCCCACGGCCAGCACCACAGCCAGCUCCCAUGGGGCUCUUCGCCGCUCAGCGCCGUCAUCGCGCCGCCCCCACAGCAACAGCAGCAGCAGCAGCAGUCCGCCGGCUAUCUGGCGCACAGCCCCCUCUCCCUGAACACGGCGCCGCCCAGUGGAAGCCACGGCGGCGGCAGCGGGUGUAGCAACCCGGUGCUGCAGCUGGCCAACGGCAGCCUCCUGGAGGCGUGCGCCAAGGCGGCCAAGGAGCCGUCGUCGUCGUCCUACGCCGCCGACGUCGAGGCCAUCAAGGCCAAGAUCAUCUCCCACCCCCACUACUCCUCCCUCCUCGCCGCCUACCUCGACUGCCAGAAGGCAAGUGAUGGUUCUUAG